AUGGCCAUUCAAAUGGAACAAGUACUUUUCCUUCUGCUUUCGCUGUAUGCGACACUAACCGUUGGCGAUCAUGCACCGCCGUUUAAGCCACUGCUUCCUUCAUCAUACACCAAGUCGCCUCUCAUGUAUCCAAGUUUUGUGCCCAAGCAUAGUGUCGGAUUGAAACCGUACAUGACGCAGUUCCGUUCCGGCACGCGUUUAGCACCAGUAGCGAUUCGACCAGCUCCAUCAAUGAUUAUGAGUUUGAAAAGACCCAUCAAAUCCAUUCUAAGCCACCCUUCGCUUAUGAAGCAACCGCUACUGAAACGUCCCCCGCCACAACUAGCAUUUGCCGCCGCGAGCAUCAAACAUCACAAAUUCCACAGUUCCCCACCAGGACCGAGCACGGGUGAGAUAGUAUUCGAGAAGCUCAAACCGAUCACCACGAAGCUUACUUCUCACAAGGAUGGAGCGAUCCAUACGAUCCCUGCCCCAAACCUGGGACUCACGAAACCUCCGAAAGCUCCCAACCAGAUACGUGUUACGUCCUACGAGGACAGCAAUAAGCUAGAGAUCGAGGUAAAAACAACCAAGCCCACGUUCACAGCGAAGCCAGCCUUUUUGAACUUUAGCCCAACGCCCGCACCAGCUGCAGGAGUCUACAACCAUCAAACAAUCGGGAACCCGCACCAGUAUCAGGUGACUGAGGAACACUCGAACGACGUAACGAUCGGCGAUUUGUACUCCGGCAAGAAGACUUACUUCGCACCGGAUCCGGAUCCAUCGUUGCCGAGCAAAACGCUCGUACCGACAUCCGAUCCACUCAGCAUACCGAGCAAUGGAAAGUUUGCCCCAGCCAGCGUACUUGUACAGUCGCCGGUGGCUCACUAUCCGUUGCAGCCGCAAACCAGUGCUUCAGCCGUGAUCCAGUACGUUAACGCAGUCCCGCAGGCCAGCUAUGCGAUUCCGCUCGCUACCCAGCCACAGCUGCAGCAGCACAUCCUGCAACAAACGGCCAUGUUGCAGGAAAUGCCCGUUUCGCUCUAUAAUCCCACCUAUCUUGUGACCCAAUCCAACAACCUCUUCAACACCCACCAACAGCAGGCGUCCGUGAACCUCUUCAAACCGGACACCAAUUUCCUCGGCACGAUGCAACACCAGCAGCACCAUCAACAAAUACAGCAGCAGCAGCCACAACCACAGCAUCAUCAUCCACUGCAUGUCCAAACACAAACGCAAGCCCCUUCUUCGGUACCUACGACCGUACUUUUCAACUCAUACAACACGUAUAAGCACAACGAGCCGGCAGCCAGUACGGGUCAGAUCCUUUCUGCUACGCAGGAUCAGCUGCACGAGCUCCAAUCCGUAGUGAAUCAAAUUCAGCUGAACGAUAUCCACAACCAGCACUCGUCGGAUAUGCCAACCUACGCGCAGCUCGUAGGACACGAGCAACCGGCCAUUCACCAGCAGCAGCUUCCCCAGCUCACCCAGCUCGAGCAACAACUCCAGCAACAGCUGAUCCAACAACAUCAGCACGAAAAGGGUAACUCGCAGCGACAGAUGACCGACGGGGAGAUUGCUAACCUGCUCAACUACGGUAUGAUUAACCUGCACAACAAUUUAUCUCCGAGCGACUAUUACCAUUAUCAGGUAGAUCAACCGACGGCUGUACAGCCAUCGGGUCAUCACACAUUCUAUGAACUAUCGGAGCGGCAGAAGGAAAAUGACCGCAUACUGGCGCAGGCUCAUCAAGAGCUCUACCAUCAACAGCAACAGCAACAGCAGUACCAACAGCAACAACAACAACAACAUCAGUAUCAGCAACAGUUGCAACAUCAACAGGAGCAGCAUCAAGUACAGCAGCACCCAUUACCCCAGCAGUACCAGCAGGACAGCCAAUCUGACUACUUGCAGGCGUAUCAGGAGCAUCAGCUUGCCGUCUCCAACAUUCUAGGUUUGCAAGACAAACAGACGCCAGCUGCAGGAUCUGUAAAGCAGUACCAUCAACAUCACGCUGCCAUAGGAAGUACGAUCGAGCCACAGGCGACCCAGAGCCCUCUACGGAUAUACGUACCAGAUGGAGAGCACGAAUACUCCAACAAUAUAAACGCACAAAAACGGAUGGAUGAGAUCGAUUUUGAGUACGCCGAUGUAGAGGGUAUGGAUCACGGUAUGGAGGACAGUACGGCAACAAAUUCCCAUGCUCGAAAUGAUGAACCUAUUACACCCUCCUCAUCCGACGAUAACACUACCACCAACGCUUACUAUGAUGAACAGACCGUGGAAGAUAUCGAUGAGGAUAGGGAUAUGUACUACAACAAGAAUCUUAGCAACCAUCGACUUGAUUAA